AUGGAUUGGAUAGCAAAGGAUUGGGAUUGCCCAGUGUCUUCCGACAUUCAAGGUCUAUGGAUGAUGUUUUGCAGCAAACUAGAGCAACUUCAAAGAAUUUUAAUUCCAAGGAAGGUUUAUUCAGAAUUAACCAAUGAAUUCCAGUUACACGGAUUAUGUAAUGCCUCGCAGGAGGCAUACGGUGUUUGCCUACAUGUACAAUCAAAAACCCAGGGCGGUGAAUGGCAAACAAGGCUCUUAUGUUCUAGAACUAGAGUAGCGCCACACAAGGGUUCUACUAUUCCGCGGUCGGAACUUUGCGGAGCAGUGCUGUUAGCCGAGUUAGCAAAAAAGGUGGCUGAUUCAUGGGCACUAAAUAUAAGGGAUUUCUGGCUCUGGACUGAUUCUACCAUUAUAUUAGGUUGGUUGUAUAGCUAAUACGAUCGUUUAAAAACCUACGCCACCAAUCACGCAAGUCAAAUAUUAGAAAUAAGUGAAGUUAAGCAGUGGCAUCAUGUUCAAAUAGGCGAAAACCCCGCUGAUUUAGCUUUAAGAGGACCAAACCCAGGUGAGUUGUUGGUUUCAGAAUCUUGGUGGAAUGGGCCUCGUUGGCUAAGUAAAUCUGAGAGUAUGUGGAUUCCAUCGCUCGUAGAUUUGAAGGAGGAAGAAUUACCAGAACAACGUAAAAUCAAACUAGCUCUGGUGGCAUAAAACCAGUACACCGACUUGGUAUACAUAAAAUCAGAUUAGAACCAGCUAGUAUGCACCACCGUUUGUUUAUCAUUGUUUGUGGUUUAUCUAAGAGUUAAAAAGAAUAUUAAAGUAUCCAAAUACCUGACCGUUACGCAUCUAAAGAAAGCAGAGACUAUUCUCUUGAAAAUAGUGCAAGAUGAGUGCUUUAAUAAGGAAGUAAUUGCGUUAGCGGACGGUAAAGAAGAAGCACGUACAAGCAAGCUAAAAAGUUUAUAUAUUUUCAUGUAAGACGCUAUAAUUCUAGUAGGAGGGUGGUUACAAAAUUCAGAUGAUAGGAGGUAUGCCAGGUUGAAGCAUAUCUUAAUUUAAGACCAAUCCCACCGGUGGGUAGGUAAUCCAGAUGAGCCUGAAGCUCUUACGCCUGCCCACUUUCUGGUUGGAGAACUAUUGAACUUGUCUUCAGAGCCUGACAGGCUUCCAGAAGUGCUAGGUUGGUUGAGGCGUUGGAAGCAUGUUCAGUGUAUCCUACAGUUAUUCUGGUGGAGAUUGUAUACCGAAUAA